AUGUCCCAAAUCGCUAAUUCUUCUUCAUGGACAAGUUUUUUGAAGUCUAUUUCAUCAUUCAAUGGUGACAUUUCUUCAUUGACUGCUCCUCCUUUCAUUUUGUCUCCAACUUCGUUGUCUGAAUUCUCGCAAUACUGGGCUGAACAUCCUGAUUUAUUCUUGGAACCUUCAUUCAUCAACAAUGACAACUUCAAGGACUUGUUCAAGGACGUUGAUCCAGAAAUUGAAUCCCCAGAAGUCGCAAGAAUGUUAUCUGUUACAAAAUGGUUUAUUUCGACAUUGAAGUCACAAUACUGUUCAAGGAAUGAAUCAAUGGGUUCUGAGAAAAAACCAUUGAACCCAUUUCUAGGGGAGUUGUUUGUUGGUAAAUGGGAAAACAACACUAAUAAAGAAAAAUUCGGCGAAACUGUCUUAUUAAGCGAACAAGUUUCUCAUCAUCCACCAAUGACUGCAUACACAAUCUUUAACGACAAAAAUAAUGUCAGGCUACAAGGUUACAACCAAAUUAAAGCUACCUUCUCAAAGACUUUGAUGCUAGGUGUCAAACAAUUCGGCCACACCAUCUACGAACUAGGUGGUGAUAUCGAUGAACAAUAUUUAAUUACGGUCCCUCCUUUACACAUCGAAGGUAUCUUGGCUGCAUCUCCAUUCGUCGAAUUGGAAGGUAAAACGUUCAUCCAAUCUAGUACAGGUUAUUUAGCAGUGAUCGAAUUCUCAGGUAGAGGCUAUUUCUCCGGUAAGAAGAACACAUUCAAAGCGAGAAUCUACAACGAUUCUGUUUCCUAUAAAAAAAAUAAAGAAAAUGCUCUAUACACAAUAUCCGGUCAAUGGUCGGGAACCUCCACCAUAGUGAAGAAAUCUGAAACCACCUCAAGCAAAGAUGAAGCUCCUGUAUUCUAUGAUGCCAGCAGAGAUCCAAUCGACCCAUUAACCGUCAAGCCAUUAGAAAACCAACAUCCUCUAGAAAGUAGAAAGGCUUGGAGCGUAGUUGCAGAGGCUGUUAAGUCUGGUGAUUUCGAUUUGAUUGUCAAAACAAAGACAGAAUUGGAAGAUGCCCAAAGAGAAUUAAGAAAAGAAGAAGAAGCUAAUGGCAUAGAAUGGAAAAGAAGAUGGUUCCAAAGCGUCGACUAUGCCGAAGGUGCCGAUGAAGAUAAAGCCAUCAUCCCAGAUGAUGACGAUAUUUUUGCAAAAUUGGCUGAAAAAAUACAACUAUCAACUAAGAACGUUCCAAGUGGUACAAUGGUCGGUGACAAAGAAGACAAGAAAGAAGGUCUUUCCUCACAACAUUGGAGAUUCAACAGAAAUGCUUGGGAUAACGAAAAAGAAAUUGCUUUAUAA